AUGGAACACACCAUAGUGUCGGCCAAAGGAAAGGCAAAGAACAAAUCGACAAAGGAGAAUGCGAAGUUGAAGGCACCACCCCAGAUCAUCGCGACAGUGCAGGAAUUGCGGAACACUACCGCAGACGGUGAACAAUCUCUGCCCGAUGCGGGGAGCGAAGCCCAGCGCGAGUUGUUGCAACGAAUUAAGUUAGCGUAUCCAAGCGAUUCGGAGGACGAAACCAAGGAUGACCUUGAUCGUUUGGCCUUGGAGCUGGAGUCCGGGACUACGUCGGCUAAACGUCCGAAAACGCAGUGGGUGAGCAACUCAACGUAUCGUGGAGAGGACAAGGAAACCGUUUUGAAUCGUCAACGCUACCGUCGGGAUCAACUUCGCAUAGCGAAAGCAAAAUCGGCGGCGGCAGCUGCGAAGAAGAAGGAGUAUCGGCAAACCAAGCGUGCGAAGAAAUCUCAAAUGCGUCAAGCUGAUGAACAACCACAGGUGAAAGACUUCCUGAUGGAAGUUUGCGUCCGCUGA